UGGCCAUCUCGCAGCAUGUACCUCCUCCUCAGACUGGCUGGGCCUUGGUGUGUGGAGCUGCAUGCGUCCAUAUGCACAGAUGCCCUGGCCCACUGCUGUUUGCUGGCCCUUGGACCACUUGGUGGUGACAGGUGCAGGCCCAACUUUGCCGCUUGUACUGUGCUGGGCGGAGACGUCUACAGCCCUGGUCACCUGCAGCCCUCACCAGGAGAGCCCCCGUAGGGGCGCCAUCCCGGUGGUCCUCGCGCCCCAGACCUCUGUGGAGCAAAGUGCUUUCAGCCACGGCCCUGGGGGUGCCGCUGCUGCUCGGGGCCCGCUAUGCCAUGGCGGAGCCGCAGGAGAAGAGGCGCCUGUGGCUGGUGGUGGAGGGCGUGGGGCGCUUCAGCAGGUCCCUGAGGGUCGGCCUGCAGAUCUCCGCAGACUACUGGUGGUGCACAAAUGUGACCCUGCGAGGGCUGCCUGAGAACAGCCCGGAGUACUUGGAGGUGAUGUCUGCCUGUCACCAGCGGGCAGCGGAUGCUCUGGUGGCUGGGGCCAUCCGCAACGGGGGCCUCUAUGUGAAGCUGGGCCAGGGGCUGUGCUCCUUCAACCACCUGCUGCCCCCAGAGUACAUCCGGACGCUGAGGGUGCUGGAGGACAAGGCACUUACUCGGGGUUUCCGAGAGGUGGAUGAGCUCUUCCUGGAGGACUUCCAGGCCCUGCCCCAGGAGCUCUUCCAGGAGUUUGACUACCAGCCCAUCGCUGCUGCCAGCCUGGCCCAGGUGCACCGUGCCCGGCGGCAUGAUGGCUCUGUGGUGGCUGUGAAGGUGCAGUACAUUGACCUACGGGACCGUUUCCAUGGGGACAUCCACACGCUGGAGUUGCUGCUGCGGCUGGUGGAGUUUAUGCAUCCCAGCUUCGGCUUCAGCUGGGUGCUGCAGGAUCUCAAGGGGACCCUGGCCCAGGAGCUGGACUUCGAGAAUGAGGGCCGCAACGGUGAGCGCUGUGCCCGGGAGCUGCGGCACUUCCCCUACGUCCUGGUGCCUCGCGUGCACUGGGACCUGACCAGCAAGCGAGUGCUGACAGCAGACUUCUGUGAGGGCUACAAGGUGACAGACGUGGACGGCAUCAAGACCCUGGGGCUGGAGGCGCAGGACAUAGCAAAGAAGCUCAUCCAGACCUUUUCGGAGCAGAUCUUUUAUACUGGCUUCAUCCACUCUGACCCUCACCCUGGCAAUGUGCUGGUGCGGAAAGGCCCAGAUGAGAAGGCCCAGCUGGUGCUGCUGGACCAUGGGCUCUACCAGUUCCUGGAGGAGAAGGACCGGGCAGCCCUGUGCCAGCUGUGGCGGGCCAUCAUCCUGAGGGAUGACGCUGCCAUGAAGAAGCAAGCAGCGGUGCUCGGGGUGCAGGACUACCUCCUCUUCUCUGAGGUGCUCAUGCAGCGGCCCGUGCACCUGGGGCAGCUGUGGCGCUCGCACCUGCUGAGCCACCGUGAGGCAGCCUACAUGAAGGAGAUGGCCCGCGACCACUUCGAGGACAUCAUGCGCGUGCUCAAGGCACUCCCGCGGCAGAUGCUGCUGGUGCUCCGUAACAUCAACACGGUCCGCGCCAUCAACUCUGCGCUGGGCUCCCCUGUGGACCGCUACUUCCUUAUGGCCAAGAGCGCUGUGCGAGGCUGGAGUCGCCUGGGGCAGGGUACACACAGGAGAGGCUAUGGCGCCAGCCUCCUACGUCAAAUCAGGGUCGUCUGGCAGGUGUUCAAAUUUGAAGUAGCCCUGAGGCUGCAGACACUGUCCAUGUGGCUCACUGUGCACCUGGUUCAUGUGCUGGCAAGGCUGGGCUUCAUGCCAGAGAACACAGGGUUGUAUGAGUACCUGGAGACCUAGGGCGCUGGGACACAGGACAGCACGGGGACCGAGGACUC